UUGGUAUGUAAACUAUUUUGAGUGACAAGUGGAGGAAAUAUUUUUAUAAAGUGUGUUAUCAGUGAAAUUCAGAUAACGUGAUUUUCACAGUAAACAGUUACCAUUCAGAAAUUACUGCUGUGAAAAUUGCAAAAGGUAUAUAUAUAUUCCUCCUGUUGGAAUACCAGCUCAGUGAUUCUAGGAUUGCGUUGUUCCUGAGCUAGGAGCACACUUGCUCUCUGCCUUGUGUAGUUAGUGUUUAGUAAGUCAUUUCUGACUGAUUUGAUGAAAGAUGUCAUCCCAGAACCAGUCAAGUGUUCUUCAUAAAUUCAAGGACAUCCUCUUUUCUACUAUGUCUUCAGAAGAACUUCUAAGUUCCAUGGAUUCUUUCAAUGCAAGAGAAGAUGAUGUAUUUCUGGUUUCCUACCCAAAAUCAGGCACCCACUGGAUUGCAAAAGUCAUUGAGAAUAUUCCCAAUGCUGAAAUUACUCUAACAUCUCCAAUUGAAUUGGGAGACAUUUCUAAAUUUGAAGAGCUAAAGAUGUGUUGUAAGAGAAGAGUUAUUCCAACACAUUUGAGCUAUAACAUGCUGCCAGUGGAUAUUAAACAAAAACAAUGCAAGGUAAAUUACAUCGUCAGGAAUCCAAAAGACACAGCUGUUUCUCUGUUCCACUACUACAGAGAGAACCCUAAUCUCCCUGGCAUUGAAUCCUGGGCUGCAUUUUUAGAGCUAUUCCUAAGAGGAGAUGUUGUGUAUGGAUCUUGGUUUGAUCACAUUUUAACCUGGGAAGACCACAAAAAUGAUGAAAACAUUCUAUUUAUAUUCUAUGAAGAAAUGAAGAAAGAUCCUUCUAAAAGCAUAAAGAAAAUAACUACUUUCCUCGGUAUAAAUGUGAGUGAAAGAGAAAUCAAUCAGAUUGCUUGUAAAUCAUCAUUCAGGGAGAUGAAAAAUGAUGCAGCCAAAGAAAACUGUGACGCAAAUAAGACCAUCUGUGCCCUCACAUCGAACAGGAGCCUGGUAUUCAGGAAAGGAGCAGUGGGUGAUUGGAUAAACUACUUUACUUCAAAGCAGAAGAUAGUAUUUGAUGAACUAUUCGCAGAGAGAAUGAAGCACAGUGAACUAGCAAGACACUUUGAAGAUUAUUCUUAAUACAAAUGGAAAAUGAAACCAAUUUCCAUUUUAUGCGAUACAGUGCUUGUAGAAUACAUAAAUAUUUUUUACCAACGUGGAAAGCAGAUAUUUCUUUCAGAGAGAAAUGGACACUUUAUGAAUGCAUCAAGAGUGCCAUGUGCAAGAGACUAUCAUUAUCAUAUUUGAUGGUAGCAGGGAAUUAUUAAUAAAAGGAAGUAUACAGUUUUUGAAUAGCUGAAUUAUAUAUCUGCUUUCAGGAUAUGUAUAAGGCAAGGAGACGAUUUCUGUUCAGACAGCAUACUACUGUGGGUAUCCUAUAAACCGCACUAAUGUACAACAAAAGAAGAGGGGGAUUAUCUGAAGUAACGAGUGUCUGAGAAGAAUCAAUGUCCUGCAUUUUGGACCAUCGUGACAUCUAAACAAAUAUUUUUAUUUCAACAUUCCUUGGUGUCCAUGUAAAAAGAUUCUGUAGUGUCAUAGCAAUGUAAACAUAAUUUUACUAAGGCAAAAACUCCUAAUAGACAACUUUUAUCAGAUGAUCAGAAUCUGGCAUUUUGGUGAAAGGAAGGAUGA